UACAUGUGCAGCUACUGUGGCAAGUUCUACUCGAGGAAGUACGGCCUGAAGAUUCACGUACGAACCCACACCGGGUUCAAACCCCUGAAGUGCCGCAUCUGCCAGAGGGCGUUCGGCGACCCCAGCAACCUCAACAAACACGUUCGAUUGCACUCUGAAGCUAAGACGCCCUACAGUUGCGGCGAGUGCGGCAAGUUGCUCGUUAGACGGAGAGAUCUGGAGAGGCACGUCAAA